ACGACGCGUCGCCUUUUACGCACGGCACAUCAUCAUUCCGAGCUACUCUUCGUCACUUAGCGUUGAAGUGAAGUGCAACACACGACAGGAUGCUGCUGAAAGCUUCCACACACGUUUCUUUAGACUUGUAGAGUUUGUAGAUUUCUCCUCUUAGCCGUGCGUAAAAACCGAAGCGUUACGCACGGACGCGUAAAAACCAGGAUUCGACUUUUUUUUUUUUUUUUUUUUUUGGAUAUCUGAGCCUGAUUUAAAACAGGAUGGAAAACUUUACAACAUCUCCGGAGGUGAAUCACACUUUAGGGGUUUGGAUGGACCACAGUAUUCAGUACAAAGUCAUUAGUAGUUUGUUACUUUUCAUCAUCUGCGCUUUAGGGAUCGUUGGUAAUGUCAUGGUGAUCCUGGUGGUGCUCACUACCAAACACAUGCGGACUCCUACUAACUGUUACCUGGUCAGUUUGGCUGUGGCUGACCUCAUGGUGCUCACAGCAGCUGGUUUACCCGCUAUUACAGAAAGCAUCUUCGGUUCCUGGGUGUUCGGCCACUAUGGGUGCCUCUGCAUCACCUACUUCCAGUACCUCGGGAUCAACGCGUCCUCCUGCUCCAUAACAGCCUUCACCAUCGAAAGAUACAUCGCCAUCUGUCAUCCCAUUAAAGCCCAGUUUCUGUGCACCCUAUCCAGAGCCAAAAAGAUUAUUUUAUUCGUCUGGGCUUUCACUUCUUUGUACUGCGUCAUGUGGUUCUACCUCUCAGACAUCCAGGAGCUCGUCUAUGAUAACAUCACCAUCAUCACCUGCGGUUACAGAGUCCCCAGGAAGUUUUAUUUACCCAUUUAUUUUUUUGACUUUGGGGUGUUUUUUGUGGUGCCUCUGCUGCUCUCUGCGGUUCUGUACGGACUCAUUGCCAGGAUCCUUUUCCUUAACCCGCUACCCUCCGACACCAAGGAGAAGAAGAAGAAGAAGAACGGACACAAUAACCACACCAUCAAUAACAACACCAGCUGUAAAAACUCACGUCACUCCAGUUCCACCGCGACCUCCCGCAGACAGGUGACCAAGAUGCUGGCUGUGGUGGUGGUCUUGUUCGCCGUGCUCUGGAUGCCGUACCGGACUCUGGUGGUGGUGAACUCCUUCCUGGACCGGGCCUACCUGGACAACUGGUUCCUCCUGUUCUGCCGGGUCUGCAUCUACCUCAACAGCGCCAUCAACCCGGUCAUCUACAACGCCAUGUCACAGAAGUUUCGCGCCGCUUUCCGUAAGAUCUGCCGCUGCGGGAGGAAAGGCUCGGAUAAGCCCGCGGCCUACAGCGUGGCCCUCACCUACAGCGCCGUUAAGGACACGUCGAUGGUGGAGAGCACCGACCACUUCACCACGGAGCUGGAGGAGCUCACCGUCACCGACGAACUGCUGUCGGAUCAGAAAAUGAUGUUUCCAGACCCUUGUGUGUACGGUAAAGUGGAUUUCAGCGACGCCUGAAGCCUGAGGAGACAGUUUACAGCCGGAGGAACAAACCCGUGGAUGUAAAAGGGGCUUAAUGGAGUCUGAUAAGAGGGAAGAUUGUUUCCUGAGUGGCCACUGACCUUUUCAAGACCAGGCUGCUUUUGCUUGAGAUGUAAACAUAGAUUAUAGCCUCUGAUGCAUUUAAUGGCAGUAUUUGAGACACCAAGAUAAACACCCUCUUCAUUGUCCGUGAUUUUAGAUGGUGUUAAGUCACAAAUAUUGACAUUUAAGCACUCUGGGGUUGUGGAUUCAUCAACAUAAGGUUAAGGAAACAUGAAUGUGUCCCAAACAACCAUUUCUACUUCUCUAAUGCCAGUUUAUUUGCUAUAAUGUCAGUACUUAUUCUUACACACAGAUAGUUUAAAGACUAUUUAACCCAUAAAGACCCUCUG